AUGUCCCUCAACACAGUAAGCAGCGGCCUAAACAAAGGCCUACCGACCGACACCGCCACCAAGGCCGCCUCAGGAACAGUCAACCAGACCACGCGACAGCUCAACAACACCACUAAGAAUGUUACCGACGAAACCAUGCCAGGCGAGUUUCCCUCCGACGACGCAAAAGAUGACAGGCCCGCGCCAGACAUCUCCUUCUCGGCCAUCUGGUCCUCCUUCAAAACCUGGGUCUUCUCCUUCUUCCCCGACCUCCUCGACCGCUUCGAGAACUGGAUCAAGGGUCUCAUCGCCUGGAUCCUUCCGCCCCCGCGCCGGGCCAAAAUGUACGAAGCGAUUCUGAAGCGACCCAUCGCGUCCUCGUUCAUCAUCUGUCAGCUUUUCUGCUGUGGGGUUCCGCUGCUGGUGUUUCUAGCCGGUGUGUUUCUCUUUGCGGCUGUUGCGGUGCUGCUCUGGUUGGUGCUCUCGUUGCUCCUGGCAGGACCAAUCUUGUUGGUUGCGAGCAUGAUGGGGGUGUCGCUCUGGGGGUGGGGGUGGGUUUUAUAUGGGAUGGUGAAGUUUAUCGAUCAGCAUUUCUUGGGGGGAACGAUUACCCGGUUCUGGUUGGCGCAUAGUCAGGAACAGGGGGAUGAGCCGGAGGGUGAGAGUGAGAAGGAGGAGGAGAAGGGGAAGGGGAAGGAUGAGAAGAGUGAGAAACCGAGAAAGCCGAAGAAACUGGAAGUGAAGAAGGAUACUUGA